AUGCAUGAUACCCAGGCUAGACCCCCCGAAUAUAUGCGAGAGCUUUUCAAACGAUGGCGGAAACGGCCUGCAGCAGAAAUUGAAGCCGAUCAGGGCAUCAUCGACCCACAAGACCCGGACGUGAAUAGAGUGUCAGCACUACCGGAGUCUGAUAUUCUUCGACAGAGUGACUUCGACAUCUGGACAGAGGGUUUCCUCGACAAUGCCACGGACGACGCGACACUCAGUCUUCAAGACGUUACAUUACCGGCACGAGCAGCCUUCGAGGUCAACGGAAUACCUGGCCUACGCGUAUUUCCUUGCCUCUUACCUCCUCGGCUUCAAGUCGCUUUGUUAGACAGGCUACUUCAUCGUGAUCUCUCUAAUCCCGCCCACAAGACUAAUCUUAACCACCACCAUCAUAUCUCCUACCCUCCAAAAGUUGAUGAUCCGUCUCCUUCCUCCUUCUUCGCUGCAGACCUAGACAUGGUGAUCUACCCGAAGGAUCCGGCAAUCCACAAACCCAUCACAUCAGCACAGAUGCUUGGGUCCAAAUUGCGAUGGGUGACUCUGGGGGGUCAGUACGACUGGACGAACAAGAUCUAUCCCGACAGCGAACCGCCGCCUUUCCCUGACGACAUAGCUGCACUUUUGAAAAAGAUAUUUCCUACCGUUGACGCCCAGGCCGCCAUUGUCAAUUUCUACAGCCCCGGAGAUACGUUGAGUGUGCAUCGAGACAUCAGUGAGGCGUCCGAUAACAGUCUCAUUAGCAUCAGCUUUGGGUGCGAUGCUAUCUUUCUUGUUGGGAAUGAAGAUAGCAUCAACGCUGCUGCCAUUCGGUUGAGGUCCGGGGAUGCUAUUGUCAUGUCUGGAAAAUCCAGAUAUGCCUGGCAUGGCGUGCCAAAAAUUCUGCCAGGCACAUGUCCAGCAUGGCUGCAGGAUUGGCCAGAUAUUGCGCAGCGAGGACCAUAUCAGCACUGGCGAGGAUGGAUGAGCAAGAAACGGAUCAACCUCAAUGUCCGUCAGUUGAUUGAAUGA